ACCCUAAUACCGUACGUACAUACAUACGGGUAUAAUAUAAAGAACAUAAAUUAACAUAACAUUUAAAUCCAUAUUUCCCAUCGAGCUUUAUUCUCCUCCUCAAGCAUCUCUCUCUCUCCCUCACAUACAAAAAAGGAACGAUAGGCUCCCUCUCCACCUUCCUCCCAUAUUAUCUCCAAACACCAACUCCUCAACCCCUCCUCAACCCCGACGAUUCCCGGCUUCCAGACCCGCAUCAUCCCCUCACCUCAAAAUUAAAAUCUAAUAUCUAAUAUCAAGUACAAUAUCAAUAUCAAUUGCAAUCGAUACCAUGCCAACACACCUCAUCGAAAUCAAUCUCAGCGGAGGGGAUCCCCCUCAGGAAGAGGAGAAACUUUAUAAACUCGUAGAGAGUUUUGUAAAUGCGUCUCGUGAUACGGAUUCUGAGUCUGUGUCUGCAGCUGGAGAAACUGAUUCUGUGGGUGUUAAUGUUAAUGUUAAUGGCAUGGGUGAAGAGGAGUUGCGGGGGAUUAUUGUUGUUCGUUAGUAUUUCUUUUCUUUUACUUUCUUUUUCUUUGAAUUUCAUUCUCUUUUUGGUUUUGGUUUUCGUUCAUAGAUUUAUGAUUUCAAUAUCAAUCCCUUCAUUCUCGUAACGAGUUUUGAAUUCGAUCGAUAGUGGGAAUGAAUAGCUACUAAUCACCAAUCAACCCACUAACCUUACCAAAAACCCCAGGUACACAACCCCUCCCCAGAAUCCUCCAAAUCCUCUCACCACACCUCCCUCAUUUCCACAGUACACCGAAAAUAUCCCAGACGACUGAAAGGGGAAUAUAUGAUGCGUGUGGAUAUUCCGUGCAGCAGCUUUUGAUUUAUUUGCCUUUACAUCCUUUGCAUUCUUUGCAUUCUUCAAAUCAAUUUCACUCUUCACAUGAUUCAGAUCAUCUAACGAAAACAGACGAGGAAAAAGAUAGAGAUGAAGAUGAAGAAAAAGAGGAAGAUAGUAAAGAAAAUACCAAAAUCCAGAAACUACAAACAUUGUUUAAUGUAAUAUCUAUGCGGCUCUCGAGCGAGGGAAAGGUAAGUGGGAUGAGACAGGGUGAGAUUGAAGGGAUUUCUAGUUCUUCUACUUUUAGUUCUUCCGAUCUUUCUUCUGUAGAGACAGAGACUUCGUCACCGGAAAAGGAGAUGAAAAUGGAAACGAAGAUAGAAAAAGUAAUGCGAUUUAAAGGUCAGGACUGUAGAGUUUGGAGUGUAUGGACAGCGUGGGUAGCGGCGGGGGAAAAGUAUGAUGGGUGUGGGAAGGAUGGAGAGAGAGGGGUGCGGGGUGACGGAGAUGGAGAGGGAGAGGAAGGAAAGGAAGGAGAAAGCCUUGCGAAGCGAAUUGAUUGGGGGAAAAUGGAGGUGCUGGGGUGGGAAGAGAGAACUUGGGUGUUUAUGAGUUUUGGGGAGUUUUUGGAGAGGGGUAAGGAGAAGAGGAGGUGUGUUGUUAUGUGAUGAGGGAGUACGGAAGAGGGAAAGAGGAGUUUGUGAUUUUGGCUUUGAGGGGAAGGACUUACUUUGGAGAAGGACAGGACUUCACAAUAGAAAACAAGAUCAACGUGGCUAAUGGAA